UAAAUCGCACAGGUGGCCGCUAAUUGUGCACAGACCUGAUGAGUGCAUGUUUGAUGUCUGCCGUGGGUUAAUGCUCUGUCACUUAGUCGCUGCGUUUCAAUUUUAAAAACAUAUUUUCACAGCGAACAUGAGCACCGGAGGAGGAACCCCUUAUAUUGGCAGUAAGAUAAGCCUAAUAUCCAAGGCGCAGAUCCGGUAUGAGGGAAUACUGUCUUCUGUCGACACAGAUAGGUCAACGGUUGCGUUAGCCAAAGUUAAAUCCUAUGGGACAGAGGACCGGCACACAGACAGACCAGUGCCACCCAAAGAUGAAAUUUAUGAAUAUAUAAUCUUCAGAGGAAGUGACAUCAAAGAUAUCACUGUGUCCGAGCCACCAAAACCACAGCAUGGACCGCCUCAGGACCCUGCUAUUGUACAGUCAUCCAUUGGCAGCUCCUCUGCAGCGUAUCACCCACGCUGGAGUUCAUACAGAGACAUGAUGCCCACCUACAACCAGCUGGCUGCUACCUCGCUACUCAACCAGCAGUACAAUGCAGCACUGGGCCUCGUACCAGGUCUUCAUGGCAUCCCCGCUAGAAGAGCUCCCAUGGUCGAGCAGGCUGUGCAGACAGUGCCGUUGGCUACUUCUGCCCAGAGAAAGGGGAAGACGUCAACCCAGCCGCAGAGCAGACAGCCUGCUCGUCCAACACAGCGCUCUGGCCAGGCUCAGAAGGAGAAUGUACCCAGCAGUAAGCAAAGUCAGACACCAUCUCAGCCAAGUGCAGCCAAGGUUCAAGGCCAAGGCAGCGAGAACCAGAAACAAAGGCAAAAACAAGGCAAUCGCAGGUCCAGGAACCGAAGCAGAGGCCAGCUUCUGGUAAAAAACUCCAAGGCAACAACCCUGCAGUUUGAGUCAGAUUUUGAUUUUGAAACUGCAAAUGCACAGUUUAAAGAUGAUCUCACGAAAGAAGUUGUGGUUGAAAAGGUGGAUUCUGGGGAGGCCCAGGAGAGCCAGGGUAUGCAGGAGGAGGACACUGUUGGAGACAAGUACUACGACAAAGCCAAAUGCUUCUUUGACAACAUCUCAUCAGACCUUAAGCCCAGAAGAACCACCUGGGCGGAGGAGAAAAAGCUGAACAUGGAAACCUUUGGAGUACCCGGCCGCUUCCUGAGAGGCCGAGGAUUCAGGGGCCGAGGGCGCAGAGGGCAGGGCACCACUGAGCAGCGACCCCUCCCAAAAGUUGACAGUGGGAGGGUGUGAAGGCUGUUCUUUUUCUUUGUCUUUUUGUUGAUAUUUUUCUGUAAAUAUUGUAGUUUUCUACUUAUUUAAAAAAAGUACCUCCCUUUUUUCCCCAUUUGAAGAUUUUCCUUUCUUUAUCCCAAAUUGGCAUUCAGGGAAUUUUGUACUUUGAGGCUUUAUUAUAUGAAAUGGGAGAGCAAUUUGUUUUAAUCAAGCAGCUGUAUGCUAGAGGCAAAUGUAUUCAUUGGCAGUUAGUUUGGUAUAAAUGCAAAGUGGAAUUUGUCUUUGACCAGGCCAGCAGGCACAUAAUUUAUUUUUUUGUGGCUUAAUGUAUUAUAUUAUUCUACUUGACUGUCCAAAUGUAACUCCAAAUUGCUUUUGGAGGACAGCUGUACUUUAUUUUUUUUUCCCUAUUUGGAAAGCGAAAACUGUGGAGGACUUUGUAACAGUUGCUAUUAAAUAACAUAUGAUUAACA